CCCCCUCCUGCCUGAAUUUGUUUAUGAUGUGCUUCACCAUCAGGAAAGCAGGGAGGAGGUACAUCUAAGGAAGGAGGGGCAGAACGAGAGACAGAGAGAUGGAGAGAGGAGAGAUGAAAAGAGAGUAGAGGUGACAUCUCUGGUGAAUCUCUAGAGGCGACCCCAGACUUGAACCAGUCGAUGCUUUUCCUAUCAGAUGCUUUUUUGGCCUUCGUGAAGAGUCAACUGCUUCUAAAUUUCUAGCGCUGAUCUCUCUAAUCUUUGGAUAUCUUUACGAGUAGUUCUUCAGCAUAUUUUCCUUUGAAUCUGGAGACACCAUUUUGGCUCCAAUGAUCACUGGGCAGCUGAGCAAGCCGCUGCUCUCCCUGAGAGGAGAGAUGGAAGGCGCAGAGCUGCGCGAGGACGAGAGGGCUCCCAGCCCGGACAGCGAGACUAAUGAGGAACCUCUCCUGCUGCCUCCAGAUGCUGAAGACAAGCUGUAUGGUGGCAGAGGUGGUUCAGUCCAGUCAGAUGCAAGCAGUAGCCCCUCUGAGCAGGGUCACAUGUGUCAGCCCCAUCCAGCGUACCCUGUUGGACCACAGUCUCUCCUGGUGGCACAGCAGCUGGCCUCAGCCAUGAGCGGCGUGAUGUCGGGAGGUGCGCCGGGUCUGAACCAGCCAAUCCUCAUCCCCUUUAAUGCAGGUGGGCACCUGGGAGGACAGCAGGGCCUGGUCCUCUCUCUGCCUACAGCAGCCAAUAUCCAGGGACUGGUGGCUGCUGCAGCCGCUGGGGGCAUCAUGACUCUCCCUCUACAGAACCUGCAAGCUACCUCAUCUCUCAACUCCCAACUCCAGCAUCUUCAGCAUCUCCAACAAAUACAACAGCACCACCAGCAACAACAGCAGCAGCAGCGAGAACGGGAACACAGAGAGCGAGAGCAGCAGCGAGAGCGAGAGCAGCAGCGAGAGCGAGAGCGAGAGCAGCAGCGAGAACGUGAACGCGAACGAGAACAACAUUGUGGGUCAGCACACCUCCAGCCUCUCAAUCAGCUGCCAUCCCAUCAUCCACUGACUCCUCCAAUAAAGUUACAAGCCACUGGUCCUUCGACAGGCACCGCUUCCUCUUGUACCUCCUCCAGUCUUGGUUCAGUUCAGCCUUCACAAUCUCCACCUUCUCACAAGCAGAACCAAUCACCAGCACACAGCCUACCCUCGCCAGUCACACCUCCUCUGCCACUGCAGCUCAAUCCACUAGCCAGCCAAGCAGCAGUAGCAGCAGCAACGAUGGGCUCUAUUGCUGGAUCACAAGUGUUUGGGAAUGCUGCUCUGCCAAACCUGCAGGGCGUUACAGGCCAACUGGUCACCAAUGCACAGGGACAGAUAAUUGGUACAAUCCCACUGAUGCCAAACUCUGCAGGACCUUCCAACCAAACAGGGGGUGGGACUUCAUCUCUCCAGGUCCAGCCAAUCACGCCGCAACUGCUGACCAAUGCACAAGGCCAGAUCAUCGCCACGGUGAUCGGGAAUCAGAUCCUGCCUGUCAUCAACACACAGGGAAUCACACUAUCACCAAUCAAACCUGGACAGCAGCUGUCCCAGGCUGCCCAGGCCCAGCCACCGGCCCCAGUGUCUCAGCCAGGCCUGCUGCGAAUGCCUCACAGCCAGAGUCCUCUCCGCCAAGCCUCUUCAUCCUCCUCAACCUCUUCAUCCUCAUCUUCAGCACUCAGCGUGGGGCAGCUGGUUAGCAACCCUCAAACUGCUCCGAGUGAAGUGGAUGGUGUGAAUCUGGAGGAGAUCCGAGAAUUUGCCAAAGCAUUUAAAAUCCGUCGUCUGUCUCUGGGUCUGACGCAAACUCAGGUGGGCCAGGCUCUCAGUGCCACAGAAGGGCCUGCCUACAGCCAAUCCGCCAUUUGCAGACACACCAUCCUGAGAAGCCACUUUUUCCUACCACAGGAAGCCCAAGAGAGCACUAUAGCUAGCAGUCUGACAGGCAAACUGAACCCUGGCCUUUUAUAUCCUGCCAGGUUUGAGAAGUUGGACAUCACGCCAAAAAGCGCCCAGAAGAUUAAGCCCGUGCUGGAGCGCUGGAUGGCCGAGGCAGAAGCCCGCCAUCGCUCGGGCAUGCAGAACCUGACUGAGUUUAUCGGCAGUGAGCCAUCGAAAAAGCGCAAGCGUCGGACCUCUUUCACGCCACAGGCCCUGGAGAUCCUUAACAGCCACUUCGAGAAGAACACACACCCCUCGGGCCAGGAAAUGACCGAGAUUGCUGAAAAACUGAACUACGACCGUGAGGUGGUGCGUGUCUGGUUCUGCAAUAAAAGGCAGGCGCUUAAAAACACAAUAAAGAGGCUGAAACAGCCAGAGCUCGGGGCGGUCGCACCCAUGGACCCUCUGGCUGACCCUUUGGAAGAACAUCCAUAGAUAAGAUGGACUUAUGUGAGAAAAACUGGACCCACUUACCAAUGAUUCAAUCGACUGGACACUAAAAACCUGGACGUUUCUAACAUUGUACUGUGAUGGACCACCAACAAGGAUAGCAAUGUUAAUAGGAGUGUUGUAAUAAGAUUGAAGUGAAGAGACUUAAGCAAAAAAAAAAAAAAAAAAAAAAGGUCUAAAUGCUUAUAAAUUUGGGGUCCUCUUCCUGGACAAAGCAGAGAAUUUACACUAGAGUUCACAUCUAAAUCAAGGACAGCUAUAAAACUACUACAACCAAAGUCUGAUGUGUCUGAUUCCUGAAGGGUUUUUUUUUGUUUUGUUUUGCUUUUUGUAAAUGUGUUCUAAAUUUUUACAUUUGUACUGACCAAAAGGGAAAAAAGAUAUAUGUGUAUGGGCAGGGGGGCGGUGGGAGGGUGUAACAUUAUCUUUGUCUCACUUGCUCACUUGGGUUUAUAUGUAAAUAUUACAAUAAUUUUGUCUUCAAAUUGAAAUCACAAACUCUUUGGAAACUUUGUCUCAGAGAUGACCACACCAUAUACCUGUGGUCCUUUCUUUAGUCACCUCACUCCUGUUUGUAAAACUAUAAUUUAAAAGGUUUUUUUUUUAAUCUCUGGAAGAAUGGGUUAUAUGUCAAAGGUGGUCGAUAUGGCAGAACCCACAUUGUUGCAGCUGUGACUUAAACUACAGUAUGUCAUUGUAUUGCCAAAGCCUUCUAGCCAAAGAACAUCAUUCUUCAGCCCAAGGACAUGGGCUGUAGCCCAAGGACUAUACAUGGGUAAAAAAAAAAACAUUACUUUUUUUUUUUUUCUUUUGCUGUGAUGACAUUUUUCAAUGUGUUUGUCCCAUCGAUGGCUUCAGGUCUGCAUGAUUUUCAGCACACAACCAAUGAGUGGUAAAUUAAAUGAGAUCAUUUCUAAGAUUUAUCAUUUUGUGCAUGUUUUUGUUAAUUUGGUAGAUUUGUUGUAACUUGUGUCGAAAAAAGUGAUCAAAACAUACAAAGUUACCAAAAUGAACAACCAAUUCUCUCACAAAAUUUAUAGAAAUUCUAUACAAAUGAAGUUGUAACCUAACUUAACAAUGCAUGUGUUUUUUUAUGAGUUGUCUCAUAUAAAUUUGCAACUUGUUGAAAUGAUACUAUUGCAACCACUGAUUGAGCUUCAGAACAGGAAGUACUACAACCCAAGUACUCUACUCGCAUUACCAAAAGUUUGUGCUUUCUUCCAUUUUGUUGUUAUAUGACAGAAUAUUAUUUCUUCAGCACAGUCAUUAAAGAUUUCUCUGCUUGAAAAACACUAAAAUAUUCAAUUAUACUAAUACAAUCACAAUUUUAAAUAGCAAGGUUGAUUAUAAUUUAAAUCAUGUAAUUUAAAUCAAAUAUCUCCAAGAAGCAGAGGGGAUGAAAGUUGCUUUGGAUGAAAAGCUUUUGGAAACAUGGUGUUAUUCUAACAAAUGUGUAAAAAAAAAAAAUACUGAGUGAGGGAACUUAUGUGAUAAGUUAUGAAUGGUUCAGGUUAGGGUUAAGGGAUGGGUUAGCAGUUGGUUUUCUUAUGACUGUCUCUGUCCUUCAUUUGAAAUUCUUUCAAAAUUUGGUGCGAAAUCAGGUUUGAGAAAUCAGACUAAUGACUGCCAUAGGCCAUAACAUAGAUAUUUAAAAAUAAUAAUGUUUCAUUUUAUAACCCUAGACACUAUAGUUUGUGCUUUUAUUUGCCAAACUGUGCUGGUUUACAUGUUUAAUUUUAGCUUACAACUUUGUUUUCAUGAAAAAUAUAAAAAAAAAGGUGUUACUAUAAAAACAAGGAAGUGUUCAAAUGAGAAUGAUGACAUUUAUUAUAAUUAAGUGCAAAAUAUAUAACUAAUACUGGAUGCCACAUUAUAAAUUAUGUUAAAACGUAUGAAUAUUUUAAGUUUUUGCUUUACCACUCUUUCAAUAUUGUUUUUAAUCCAUAAAGCAAUGAAAAUAUUGUCAUAGCUAGCAAACUUUGGAAGUAAUUUUAUAAAGAAAAGUCGGAAAAGUAUUUAUUAGAGGAAUAAUAAAUAUAAUUACAGCAGUCAUAUAAAUAUGACUGAUCCAAGCAUGUCCCAGUUUUUAUUCAAGCAAAAGAAAAAAAAAAGAUUUUACAUUUUUGAAAUCACCAUAAUUCUACAUUUCUCAGUUCCUCUUAAUUUGUCAUCAUGAACUACAGUAAACGCUGUGUUGCAUUUGGUUUCAAGAAAAUAUUUUUUGUGCAAUACAUUGAGCUGUCAGUUUACACUUUAUUAGGUUAAUUAUGACUUAUGAUCACACACCUUUUUCAUUUUCAUCUGACUAGCCUGGUCUUUAUGGUUGCAGACAUGGUAUAUCAUACAGAGGUUUAACAAAGAAGCUGUAACCAAAAAAAAAAAAAAGAAAAGAAAAGAAAAAACUUAAACCAAGAGACAAAGAAACGAGUUCUGCCUUUGCUCAUCUUUUGAAUGCUGGACCAAAGCUCAAUUGUAAUAUGCACACUGUACAGAGAAAUGGCUAAAUGUUGCUGACAAUCUUUAAAUAUUGGAAAUGUUUGAGGAAAAUGAAUGGAAGGAUCAUAAAGUCUAGCAUCAAGAUUACCUCAUGACUGUACAUGUAUGCAGUGAGUUUUUAGAAGGAAGAGAAAUGAACAGCAACUUGUGGAUUUGUGUAAAUGUGUGUAAGUAGAUUUCACUAGUCAUGGUAGGUACUCAAAGAGUGUGAGUCUACCAGUUAUCUUCAUGCUGUGGUUUCCAGGGUCACGUGUAUAGAACAUUUUAAACAUUAUUGUAAUGGUUUUGUUUGUUUGUUUGUCUGUUUGCCCCCUCAUGUGAUUUACAUUGAUGAACUUUAUUGACUGUGACUGGAAUUGCCCUAUAUAAUAGGGAGCAAGGAGAGCUUUGUGACCGAACUCAAUUGUCUUGAACUGAUUACACACACACACACACACACACACACAGAGAGAGAGAGAGAGAGAGAGAGAGAGAGAGAGAUAAAGAGUCUGAAAAGUUGUGACACUGAACACCUCGAAACCAAAGCUGAUAAACCUGCUUUAAAUUUUAUGAAAAACUGUACAUAUAUAUAAAGCAAUAUAUGUUUGGUCAGUAAAGCUGCACUUUGUGUA